UUAGCAGCUUUAGCUGCUAACCGCUGCUAGGCGUUUAGCAGCGCCGAGCAGCGGUUAGCAGCGGUUAGCAGCGCUAGCAUCGUGAGCUUCUCCUGCUGCGUGUUGGUCAGCUGACUGGUCAUGUGACUCCCGGUCGGUCCGGUUCCCACCUGAGAAUAUCUCCAUUUCUCCUCGAACUACCCGCAGAAGGAGGCAAGAAGCUGGAGACCCAGUGAGAAGCUGCUGGGUUCAACAAGCGAGCCGAGCCUGGUUCUGGUUCUGGUUCUGGUUCUGGUUCGGGCGGAAGUUUUCCUAAUUUGGGCUUAGACGAUCCUCCAGUAUGGGUCCAGACGGGAAGAAGCUGCUGAACAUCGUCAUUCUUGGCUUCGGCUUCAUGUUCAUGUUUACAGCCUUCCAGACAUGUGGAAACAUUGAGCAAACAGUCAUCAAGAGCUUCAACAGCACCGAGUUUCAUGGAAGUGGCUAUACAAGCAUGGCGAUCAUUUAUGGCGUUUUCUCUGCCUCCAACCUGAUGGCGCCCUCCGUGGUGACGCUCAUCGGACCGCAGGUCUCCAUGUUCCUCAGCGGGAUCUUGUACAGCGGCUACAUCGCCAUGUUCAUCCACCCGCUGACCUGGACCUUCUACACGGCCUCCGUGCUGGUGGGCGUGGCCGCCGCAGUCUUGUGGACGGCUCAGGGAAACGUUUUGGCGAUCAAUUCCACCGAUCGAUCCAUUGGGAGGAACAGUGGCAUUUUCUGGUCGCUGCUCCAGUUCAGCUUGUUCUUCGGGAACCUCUACAUCUACUGCGCCUGGCACGGCCACGUCCACAUCACAGACAAGGACCGUCGGACCGUCUUCAUCUCUCUCACCGUCAUCAGUUUGGUCGGCUGCUUCCUCUUCUUCCUGAUCAGAAAACCCGACCCGGAGUCUUCCUCCGGUUCUGAGGCGACAGAGUCUCUACUACAGUCUGAGUCCGGAGAUGGGUCCACAGACAGUUCAUCCAGAAAAGAUCUCUGCACUCAGGCUCUGGAUGCUUUUGUCCAGGCCUGCAAGAUCUCCGUCACCAAGGAGAUGCUGCUGCUGAGCGCCUCCAUCGGAUACACAGGACUGGAGCUGACCUUCUACAGUGGCGUGUACGGAACCUGCAUCGGCGCCAUGACCCGGUUCGGGUCCGAUGCCAAGAGUCUGAUCGGCAUCUCUGGGAUCUGCAUCGGUCUGGGAGAGAUCAUAGGAGGGGGCGUCUUUGGGAUGCUGAACAAGAAAAACCGGUUUGGGCGGAACCCGGUGGUUCUGCUGGGACUCAUAACGCACUUUGUGGCAUUUUUCCUGAUUUUCUUGAACAUCGCCAGCGAUGCUCCGCUGGCGCCGGAGGGCGGCACGGAUCUGGAGGCCUUCAUCGCGCCCAGUGUUCCCUUGGCUAUGAUCUGCAGCUUCCUGUUGGGCCUUGGCGACAGCUGCUUCAACACACAGCUGCUCAGCAUCAUCGGCUUCCUGUUCCGGGACAACAGCGCCCCCGCCUUCGCAGUCUUCAAGUUCAUCCAGUCCAUCAUGGCCGCCGUGGCCUUCUUCUACAGCAACUUCCUGCUGCUGCACUGGCAGCUCCUCAUCCUCGUCGUCUUCGGCUUCCUGGGCUCCGUGUCCUUCUUUGCUGCCGAGUGGCUCGCCGAGUCCAGGAGGAGGGACUCGGACUACGACAGCAUCUGAAGCGUCCAGGAGACGCCCAGAUGGACGGACGCCAGGAGACGCUGUCCUCCCAGAUAAACUCUUCUUUCUUUAAGCUCACCUUGCUGGAUGGUGGAGGGAAAACCCGGAGCGGAUCAUACUUGAGGAAGCUGCUGCUGUAGAUGUUUGGAGACUACAGGUCACCCAGAGAGACCGUGGACGUCCAGCUGGUCCAACCUGUCUCUGGAGAUAUUCCUCACCUGCUUUAAACAGAACCUGCAGGUUCUGGGUUCUCUGCAGAACCUCUGAGACCAGAAACAGAACAUCUCAGUUUAAAUGACACACUAAUGCACAGGUGUCAAACUCCAGUCCCGGAGGCCCACUGGCUGCCCUGCAGCGUUUAGAUGACAGAACGAUGAGCUCAUUAAGGUUCUGGAGAACCGAUCCUCAGUGGAGGAGGAAAUGAAGCCGUUUCAUUCCAGGAUUUUGUACCUGAGGCUCAUCUAAAACCUGUGGGCCUCCAGGCCUGGACUGUGACACCCCUGCACUAACUGGAGCUGGGUUCAUUUAAGGGCGUCGGCGUCAAUCAGUCUGGAUAUAAAUGCACACCACACUUGUCAGAUUAUUAAAAUGUAAAAAAGAAAUCAACCAAUAAUUUUGGGAAUCUUGGAUCAUUUGUGAAGCUUGAGUUUGGACUAGACCAAAAUGUGACAAAAUGUUCUGUGAAUACGUGGAAGUAAUCGGGUCAGAACCUCUGAAGAACCAGUUUAAUGCCUCUGGGUCCAAACCCAGCACAUAAUCCCGUUUAUCGCGCUCCGGCCUUCAUCUGGCUGAUUCAGGGUUCAUUUAAUCCGAGUCAAUAAGGGAAAUAAUCAGUUUGAUAUUUAUUAAAUGUAGUAGUUAUGGCUUAUCAAUUGUAUCUGUUGCCAAUAAAAUUGUUUCUAAAACAUAAGCUGCUUAUCUGGUUACAGCAGGAACCAAAGGGUUAAAGAUGGCCGACGGGAACAGAACCGGCUUCAGUUCGCUGGUUUCUGGGUCGGUUUUUAUUCUAGAUCAUAAAACCAAGACAGCAGAUUAAGCCGAUAUUUUCUGCCUGAAUUGACCCUCAAUUCAUUUUCACCAAAGCAGUAGCACGUUAGUUAUCAUGGCAAUUUAUCCUGUGCAGCUAGCCUGCUCCUGGCCAGGCUUACCGCCAGGCUUACCGCCAGGCUUACCCCCAGGCUUACCCCCAGGCUUACCGCCAGGCUUACCCCCAGGCUUACCGCCAGGCUUACCGCCAGGCUUACCCCCAGGCUUACCGCCAGGCUUACCGCCAGGCUUACCGCCAGGCUUACCGCCAGGCUUACCGCCAGGCUUACCGCCAGGCUUACCCCCAGGCUUACCCCCAGGCUUACCCCCAGGCUUACCCCAGGCUUACCCCAGGCUUACCCCCAGGCUUACCGCCAGGCUUACCGCCAGGCUUACCGCCAGGCUUACCCCCAGGCUUACCCCCAGGCUUACCGCCAGGCUGCCAUAAAAUACUAUUAUCAAUUUAAAAUGUAUCCAUAGAAAACGUGAUUGAGUCCAAGAGUAAAAUCAAACCGUUUGUAACCACAGGUGAUUUUUGUCUCAUUGAUUUUACAACCAUGUUUCUGUCCUUUUGUUAAAUUGUUUUAUUGCUUGACACUGUGCAAUAAUUAAAAUACUUUACCAAUA